AUGUCCCAUAGAAAAUUCGAAGCUCCGAGACACGGUUCUCUUGCGUUCCUCCCCAGGAAGCGUGCCGCCCGUCACAGAGGAAAGGUUAAGUCCUUCCCCAAGGAUGACCAGAAGAAGCCUGUCCACCUCACCGCUGCCCUCGGAUACAAGGCUGGUAUGACCACCAUUGUCCGUGAUCUUGACCGACCCGGUGCCAAGAUGCACAAGCGUGAGAUUGUUGAGGCCGUCACUGUCAUUGACACUCCUCCUAUGAUCGCUGUCGGUGUUGUCGGAUACAUCGAGACUCCCCGUGGUCUCCGCUCUUUGACCACCGUCUGGGCUGAGCAUCUCUCAGAUGCCGUCCGCCGUCGUUUCUACAAGAACUGGUACAAGUCAAAGAAGAAGGCUUUCACCAAGUACGCCAAGAAGCACGCUGGUGAGGGUAAGGCCAUUGCCCUUGAGCUUGAGCGUAUCAAGAAGUACUGCACCGUCGUCCGUGUUCUCGCCCACUCCCAGGUCCGCCUCACUCCUCUCAAGCAGAAGAAGGCCCACCUUAUGGAGAUCCAAGUCAACGGUGGCACCGUUGACAAGAAGGUCGACUUCGCCCGCGACCUCUUCGAGAAGCCAAUUGAGAUCAGCGAUGUUUUCGAGCAGGAUGAGAUGAUCGACGUUAUUGCCGUUACCAAGGGUCACGGUUUCUCCGGUGUUACAUCAAGAUGGGGCACCAAGAAGCUGCCAAGGAAGACACACAAGGGUCUGAGGAAGGUCGCUUGUAUUGGAGCCUGGCAUCCGGCUCACGUGCAAUGGACUGUUGCCCGUGCUGGUCAAGACGGUUACCACCACCGUACCUCCGUCAACCACAAGAUCUACCGUAUCGGAAAGGCUGGCGAUGCUGGUAACGCCUCUACCGAGUUCGACGUCACCAAGAAGACUAUCACUCCUCUUGGUGGUUUCCCCCACUACGGUGAGGUCAAGAACGACUUUGUGAUGAUCAAGGGUUCAUGCCCUGGUGUCAAGAAGAGAGUCAUGACCCUCAGGAAAUCCAUGUUCAUCCACACUUCUCGCCGAUCCCUCGAGAAGGUCGACCUCAAAUGGAUCGACACCUCAUCCAAGUUCGGUCACGGACAGUACCAGACCAAAGAGGAGAAGCACGCUUUCUUGGGAACCCUCAAGAAGGAUAUUGCCUCUGCUUAA